AGAAAAAAACUAGCGCAUCAUCCAUUUAGGUCAUAGCCAUGCCCAGUCUUCUCAGCUAUGCUUCUACCCCUUUCCUACCUCUUCUGGCUCUGCCCAUUCUCUGCUGGGCCACAACCCUCAGGAAGCACAAACCCAAGGAAACCAACCUUGUUUUCUAUAUCCACGACAACUUUGCUGGAGAUGACACCUCUGCUAUGACCGUGGCGGGGAAGGAUGGCCCAACGACGAGUAUCUUAGAAUUUGGAACUCUGGCGGCAGUGGAUGAUCCAGUAACUGAAGGUCCAGAUCCAAAAUCCAAAAAAAUUGGAAGGGCCCAAGGUUUGUACAUCAAUUCUCAGCUGGAUGGCAAAGGAUUGUACUUGGUAUUUUCUGUGAUAUUCACUGAUGGAGAAUACAAGGGGAGUACUUUGGAAAUUCAAGGAGCUGAUCCCUUCUCCAUCAAGGAAAGAGAGUUUUCAAUUGUAUCAGGGACUGGUUUUUUUCGGUUUGUUAAAGGGUAUGGAAUUAUGACAACUGAAUUCAUUGACAUACCAAACUUGAGGGCUAUUCUUAAACUCGAUGUCACCGUCAGGCAUUAUUGAACAAGUUUAGUUGUACAACU